AUGGCUAAUUCAACAAGAGCUACUUCUCUUUAUCUUCCUGUAUCGAAUUAUGGUAGUCAAAGUGAAUUUAGUUUUUAUUCAAAUCCAUCGGAAAAACCACCAGUAAACCCUCAAGUUUUACGAUCAUUGUCACCGGAAGAUGUGCAAAAAAUGAAAUAUAAAAUUGCACUUGACAAGCAAGUAGCUGAAAAACAGCAAAGAAUCACUCGUGAAUGGGAAAGGAAAAUUGAACGAGACAAAAAAUACGUUCAGCAUCAACCAUUUGGACGACACGAGCAUACAACUGUUCUUAAAAAAGAAGAAUUAGAAGAAAUUUUAACAAAAGGUCGUGCUCCUUCACCCGUAUUAGAAAUGCCUCAGCAAUAUGUUCUUCAUCAUCCUCCACCACCGCCGCCAAUACUAUCACCAUCAUCACAGCCAGUACUACAACAACAGCAGCAACCGUUUAUGACAGAACCAUAUAUCCCCAAUGAUAGUAACCCGUCUAAUGUGUUCGGUUCACCACGGCAACCAAUGUAUAAUAAUUAUUCUCAAUAUCCUACUUAUUCAACUACUCAACCUCAGGCACAAUUACAGCCACCAAAUAAUUCUUCAAUAAAUACUAAUACUACUACUACAAAUAACAAUAAUAACAAUAAUCCUGAUUUUCAACGAUUUUAUGGACCAAAUGGUAAUUCUAAUCCGCCGAAUACAAAUGUUACACAAGGAAGUAUUGGUACUGCUCAACCAAUUAAAGGAGAUGCGCAUGAUCCUUUUCUUUUAUUUGAUCCUAAUAAAGAAGCUCAAAAUGUAUUCAAUACAAUUCCUCAACAAGAUUUAUAUGAUCCAUGGGGACGUCCAGGUGCUGGAGCACCAUUAAUUCAUGCACCAACAGGACAAAAGUUUACAAGAUAUUCUGGUAGUUUACAAGAGAAAUUGAAUCAUGUUGGUCCACUUGGUUUUUACGGUAAACAAUACACAGGAAAUAUUGAAGAACAAAAGCGUGAACUUGAAUUAGAACAAAGACGUCGUCAACAAGAAGAAAUGGAACAUCGAUCUAAUGCAGGUGAUACGGCUGAAUGGAUUACGCAACUUGAAAGAACUCGUUAUCCAUUGAAAUUACAUUUACCAACAACAGAACCAACCCGGGAGUUUACUGGUGCACGUACACGAUAUCGAUCAGAGGAAAGUCGUUUAUUACAUGAUGAUCUCGUACAACAAGCCGAAGAACGUGCACGAUUACAAAAACUUAAUCGAUAUCAUAAUAGCAUAGCUGAAUUACAACAUUCUGAAGCCAUGAAUAAUUGGUGGGGUAAAAGUGGGGGUGGUGCACCUUCAUUUACACAUCGACGACAUAAUGUUAAUAAUACAUUUGAAAAUCCACGACAAAAAUGGACAAGAAAUCAUCUUGGUCAAUUAGUUAUGGCUGAUGAUGAAGUACCAAGUCAAGUUAAAGUUCAAACAACAGAUUAUUUCAAUCCAAAAUCUAAACAAUUAUCAAAUCACCGAAAUUAUUAUCAAGUGGCCGAUGAUCAAGCAUCAUAA